AGUUUUGCAUGACUGCUGUGAAGUGAACACAUUAGCCUGUAGCUUGACAGGUGUUUUCUUCAGCCCGCGCCAGCAGACCGUUCAUCACGUCUGUCUUUGUCGUGUGAAUAGACUGUAGGUGUGAAAUCCUGCACACUGAGGCUGUGAGCAUGUAGACGUGCCUCCAGAGCGGAGUGGUCGAGCGGGCCGGCCUGUGGGAGUGAUGUCAUCUGCCGGAAGAAGCGAAGUGGCAGACGAUGCAGGUCGAGUGCAGCGCAGUGGGUUUCCCGUGAGCGGCGGACUGACAGCAGCGAAAACGAGAGUGUCAAUCUGCUUUAGACCCGGCGGAGGGACAGGCAGCCGGAGAGAGGCUGCAGCCCGGCGGCACUGCAGCGCCUUCUCACUGAUGGAGGAGGAACAUGGUCCUUCAUUCAGCGGCUACUGGCUGAUACACCGCGGCUUCCAUUUUCCAUAGGAAAAAAAAAGAAAAACACACGGCUGGAGGAGAAACGACGAGCGCGAGCAUGAAUCCGGCGGAGCAGACGGUGACAUGGCUCAUCACGCUCGGGGUCUUGGAGUCACCCAAAAAGACGAUAUCGGACCCCGACGGGUUUCUGCAGAGCGCGCUGAAGGACGGGGUCGUGCUGUGCCGGUUACUGGAGCGCCUGCGCCCGGGCUCCACCGAGAAAAUUUUUCACGACCCCAGAAGCGACAGCGAGUGCCUGAGCAACAUAAAGGAGUUUCUGAAGGGCUGCGCUGCGUUUCGUGUCGAGCCUUUUGAGCCCACUGACCUGCUCCAAGGCCAGAAUUUUAGCAAAGUCCUCACAACACUGGUUGCACUGAACAAAGUGACUGCAGAUAUCGGCGUUGGCAGUGACUCUGUAUGCACGCGCCACUCUUCUGCCCACCGCAUCAAGUCUUUCGAAUCCCUGGUGUCCCAGACCUCACUGGGCCGAUCAUCUAAACUGCUCCAUAACCAGUUCCGAAGCCUGGAUAUGACCGAGAACAGUAACGCCCAGUUGGUGGUGAAAGCUCGCUUCAACUUCCAGCAGACCAAUGAGGAUGAGCUCUCCUUCAACAAGGGUGACAUCAUUAAUGUCACCCGCAUGGAGGAGGGUGGAUGGUGGGAGGGUUCCCUCAAUGGAAAGACAGGAUGGUUUCCAAGCAACUACGUCAGAGAGGUCAAAGGUUGUGACAAACAAGUCUCUCCCAAAUCUGGAACACUUAAAAGUCCCCCGAAAGGCUUUGAUACAACUGCUCUCAGCAAGACAUACUACAACCUGGUGCUGCAGAACAUUUUAGAAACAGAAACAGAGUACUCGAAGGAUCUUCAGAAUCUUCUGUCAAUCUACCUGAGACCACUACAAAACACAGAGAAACUUAGCCCUGCAGAUAUCAGUGUCAUUCUGGGUAACCUGGAGGAAAUCAGCACCUUCCAGCAAACCCUUGUCCAGUCACUGGAGGACUGCACCAAACUACCAGAGCUUCAGCAGAAAGUAGGAGGCUUCUUCCUGAAUCUCAUGCCCAAAAUGAGAGCUCUGUAUUUGGGUUAUUGUUCCAACCAUCCAUCAGCUGUCAACAUUCUGACUGAUCACAGUGAGGAACUAGGAGAGUUUAUGGAGGGGAGAGGGGCAAGUUCUCCAGGCAUCCUCACUCUGACUACAGGCCUUAGCAAACCUUUCAUGAGACUAGAUAAAUACCCUACACUGCUGAAAGAGCUAGAGAGACACAUGGAGGAAGGUCACCCAGAUCGGACAGAAAUUCAGAAGUGUAUGACAGCAUUCAAGAAUCUUUCUGCCCAGUGUCAGGAGGUGCGGAAGCGUAAGGAGCUGGAGCUUCAGAUUCUCACUGAGUCCAUUAGGCUGUGGGAGGGGGAGGACAUCAAGACUCUGGGCUCUGUGCUCUACAUGAGUCAGGCCAUGGUACAGAACCAUGGCUGUGAGGAGAGGAACGAACGUUAUCUUAUGCUCUUCCCACAUGUUCUACUUAUUCUCUCGGCUAGUCCAAGAAUGAGUGGCUUUAUCUACCAGGGCAAGCUACCUUUGAGUGGCAUGACAGUAACUCCAUUAGAGGACUGUGAAAGCCACAAAAAUGCUUUUGAGCUCUCGGGAAGCAUGUUUGAAAGACUGCAGGUUGUCUGCUUUAACAAGCAGGAUCAGCAGGAUUGGCUGGAGCACCUGAACCGUCAGACCAAACACACCACCAUGACCGCGCCCAGCAUGAAGCCUCUCACAGUGCCCUGCCACACGCUCCCAUCUCACCCUCUUACACCAUCCAGACACGCAGAGAGCCGGGGACUGACUGUGGCUCCUGCCUACCACACCCUCCCCCACCCCUCCUCUCAUGGAGCCCCACAUAGCACCAUGAUGUGGGGUCCUCUGGAGCCGCCCAAAACCCAGAAGCCUUGGAGCCUUAGCUGCCUGCGACCUGCGCCUCCACUCAGACCAUCAGCUGCACUUUGCUAUAAAGAGGACCUCAGUAAAAGUCCUAAAAGUAUGAAGAAGCUGCUACCGAAGCGGAAGCCUGAAAGGAAGCCGUCUGAUGAGGAGUUUGCACUGAGGAAGAGUACUGUAGCUUUGGAGGAAGAUGCUCAGAUCCUGAAAGUGAUCGAAGCCUACUGUACGAGUGCCAAAACCAGACAGACUCUAAACUCAACAUGGCAGGGUACUGACCUGAUGCAUAACCACGUGUUGGAUCAGUCCAGUGUGGACUCUCUAGGUCGCCGCAGCAGCAUUUCGCGGCCUGAGGCCACAUCGGAUCUAUCAGAAGACUCGGACUAUGACAGUAUAUGGACAGCCCAUUCUUACAGGAUGGGCUCCGUUACCCGACCGCGGCGAGACACUGCUCCAGCGCUGAUAGUGCCGGCCGAGGAGAAAAUGAUUGUGGAAGAGAUGAAGAGCAAUGGGCAGACAGUUAUGGAGGAGAAGACUUUGGUAGAUGUUGUUUAUGCUCUGAGAGAUGAAGUCCAAGAGCUUAAACAGGACAAUAAGAAAAUGAAACGAUCUCUUGAAGAGGAGCAGAGAGCUCGCAAAGACUUGGAGAGAAUUGUACGGAAAGUUUUAAAGAAUAUGAAUGACCCCUCCUGGGAUGAGACCAAUUUAUGAGAUCAGUAUGACUUGUUUUUAUGUCUGUACAUGUUUCAUUGUGUAACUGAUUUUGAAAACGGAUAUGAUGAUUAUUAUUUUUUUUUUUAAUGGCUUUGAUUUCAAAUAUAUGAUUUAUGGGGCUUGGUCAAGUUUCACAUUCCUAUAAUAUGACUCCCUGUUGUCUCUUCAUUAAACCUCAGUGCGUUGCAUGCUGCACCUUUCAGGUGCUGAGGUAUGUGUGCCCCCUCAUGCCUCAUGCUUAAUUAUUUUUUUAUAUAUUUAUUUUUUUGAUUACAGAAAGAAAUCAAUCUUAUAAUAGCAUGAAGUCUCAUCAGAUUUAUCAUAUACUUCAGCAUUAUUUAUUUCUGAGAAAACUACCUAUUAAAGCAUUCCAAUGUUGUGCUUUAUUUUCAUAACUGAUCAAUCAGUGAUGUUGAACUGGAUGUGUUAAUGCAUUUUUUGUGAUUUCUCUUUAGUUUCUAAUAGAAAUUCAAGUUAUUUCUAAAUGGCAGAAUUUACCAGUGAUCCUUCUUAACAUGAUUUCAAUAUGAUUUGAUUGAAUUAGCUGAAACACUUGUACUGUUGAAUGAAUACAUAAUAAUUGAUUGUUGAACUGUUGAAUCAUAGAAUCAUACAAAUUUUAAGCUGAAAUAUUUUGAGUAUUCUUUUUUUAACUACUGUAAUUAAUCUAUAAUUACCUUUUAAGAGACCACACAACCUCAUGACUAACAUGACCAAGCAAUUUUACACUAGGAGAGAACUUAUUAGGAUAAAACUAAAUAAUAGGAGGUGAAUUGUCCUCUCAGUCUUUAGAUCUCCCUGGUGAUGGUAUAGUAUGAAGCCUAAUGGAAUCAUCCCUACUUCACUUUAGCUUCUGCAAUGAAACAGAAGUCUUUGUAUUUUACACUUCUGCAUUGUUUUGAUUGUGAAUGUUUAAUCAGAAAUACUACAUAAGGUACCACUGUUGUGCAGAAACAUGUACAUUGUGAAUAGAAGAGAGAUAUGGACCUCGGCAAUUGUUCUUUUCCUUUUUUUAUCUACAAAAUAAGCUGCAGUUUUACUCAUAAUGACUUAUUCAGUUAUAUUUCAAAGCAAGUCUCAUGUUGACAAGUAUAGAUAUGAAUCAAAUGUCAUUGAAUAACAAACAAAUCUUUGGUGACAGUUCUGUGAAUAUUUAUGUUGACCUUACUUCAACUUGCCAUAUUUUAACAUGUGGAAAACUCAAUUUUGCCAUGCUCUGUAUAUUGUCGUGUAGUUGCACUAGAGCGUUUAACAACAAGACAAAUGCAAAAUCCUUAUUUAUGGACUGAUCGUUCUGUAAGUGCUCACUGAGGACUAUGAUAUGCAUCUGACUUGACUUACUUUCCUACAAGAAUAACCUUUCAAAACUCAGAAGGUAUUCAUUAAGGACUCUUCUUGACCUCCAGAUGGGUGCCCUUGUACGAUGUUGCCAAAGUUACCAUGAAUUAUGUAAAUAAAGAUAUCUGCUUAGUCUCUUC